AUGUUUGAGCAGACUCUCAAGGCCAUUGGUCUUGUGUGGGUUCUCUACAUUAUUUACAAACUCUACGACCUCGUUGCAAUAUGGGUACUCCCCUCCGUGCCGUUGACCCGCUAUCAGAAAAAAGGUUCGCAUGAGUCCUGGGCACUCGUCACCGGCGCGUCCGCGGGAAUCGGGCUAGGCUGCGCGCAGGAGCUCGCGCUGAGCGGCUUCAACAUCGUCUUACUGGGCCACAACGAGGAUGAUUUGGAAGACGCGCGUGCUCUCAUCGAGUCCGAGUGUCUCCGUCGACAUAAGAACGAGAUCGCGGUCCGCAUUCUCGUAUUUGAUGCCAAAACCAGCACCUCCGACAAGGUGGAAGCUGCCGUUGCCAAGAUGGAUGACUUGAAUAUCACCGUCUUGGUCAACAAUGUCGGGGGCGUGCCCGCUCGACCGCCCGCGAUCUGGUCGCUACACGACUACACUGCCGAAGAGGUAGACAACACCAUCAACCUCAACGCGCGAUUCAUGGCACAAUUGACCCGGCUUAUGGUCCCGAUCCUUGCCAAGAACGGUCCAUCUUUGGUGCUCAACGUGAGCUCGGAUGGGAGGGUGGGAAUGCCUGGUGUGGCUGUGUACUCUGGAACCAAGGGUUUCGUCUCGUCCUUCAGCAACGCCAUUGCGAGAGAGAUGAGAGCUGAGAAGAGGAAGGUCGAUGUGCUUUGCCUCGUAUUUGACGACGUCAAGACGCAAUCAAACGCUCUCGCUACGGUGCUAGGAUCCCCCAACAGCAGGGAAUUUGCCAAGGCGGCUUUGAAGAGAGCGGGCAGAGCAGCUCAGAGGGGCAUGCUGGAGAUGACACCGUGGUUUACUCACGCAGUCCAGAUGGCGUUUUUUGAUUGUAUGCCCGAGUGGUGGCGAGUGAAGGCCAUGUCUGACUUAUUUAAGCAGAGGAUUGAGGCUCAUAGGAAGGGAAAAUGA